CUAUGUUAAUAAUAAAGGAAGUGAAUUUAAACGAAGAUCUAGACUUCAUAAGUCAAUUACCGGAUAAUCUCUUGAGUCGCAUAAUCUCUUUUCUUUCGAUUAAUGAAGCCGCAAGAACAAGCAUUCUAUCAAAGAGAUGGAUACAUUUGUGGAAGAAUGUAUUUCACCUUGAUUUUGAUUGGGCAAACAUGAUAAAAUUCAUACCAAAAUAUUAUCACCACCGUUUAUGUAAAGAAUUUUUUAAUUUCAUAAUUGUCGCCGAAGAACAUGCUAAAAAAUAUGGUGAAAUUGUUAACACUAUAUUGGAUCAACAUGUUGGUGAUGAUUUGACUAGUUGUUGCUUCAAGCAUUUUCAUCGUAAUGUUUACGAUGGAGAUUUCAAAAGUUGGGUUGAAUUUAUUGUUGAAAGCAAAAAGUUAAGUUUUUUGAGUUUGGAGUGUAAACCUCCGAGCGAUACAUAUAAAACCCUUGUGAUGGCUAAAUUUAAGCCUAAGAUAUUUUCAAAUUUGUGUUCACUUGAGUUGACUAAUUAUGAACUUGAAGGUUCGAUUUUAUCUGCAUUUGAAAGUUGCAAAAAAUUGAAAAUUUUAAAGUUGAAGAAGAUUUCUAUGGUGACUAGUAUCAUCAAUGGAAUUUUGGAAAAUUGUUUUGGUUUAGAGAAGUUUUGUCUCAUUCAGUCAUAUGGUUUCGAUAGUCUCAAGAUUGAAAACAAAAAUCUUAAAUAUUUGGAGCUUUUGGGGUUGAAUGUUAAAGAGAUAGAUGUUAAUGCUGAGGAGCUUCAAGUUUUGGUGAUUGAUUCUCUAAGGUGUCCUCCAAAGGGUAUUAGAAUUUAUUCUCGGAACCUAAGGAAUUUUUCUUAUGCUUGCAAUCUAAUUCCUCAAGAGAUUGAGUCACAAGACAUUCUGCGAACUCGUGAUGCUUUGGAAAAUUGCAGUGACCUUUUGGUAUAUAAACCAAUCAACAUUUUUCAAAAUCUAUUGACCUUGUCAAUUGAUUUGGAUUUGAAUAACAUCAGAGAUGCUUUGGUAUUUUCUUACAUACUAACAACGUGCUUCUAUCUCAAUACUCUUGAACUUACAAUACCAGUAAAGAAAGUUUCAGCUUCCACUGCUACUUCUGAUGAUUGUGCUCUUCCAUUUCCUAAGUCAAUGUUUUGGGAGAACCGAGAAGUGUCCGGAUUUAUCCGUAAGAACUUAAAAUUUGUUAAAGUGAAAGGAUUUACUGGAAAAGAGCUAGAAGUAAGUUUUGUGCAACAUUUGAUUAAAAAAGCUUACAUGAUGAAAAAGUUGCAUGUAAUUUGUGAUUCAACCAUUAUGGAUGAAGCAAAAGAUCUACAGUCCCUACAAAGUGCUUCAGUUAAUCUCUCCAUCCUAUUGGAGUCAGAAUAUCAAGAAUAUCAAGAAGAUCAAACAUCCAUUCUUUUUAUGAAACCAUUGUCAAGUUUGAUAUGAUGUAGACAGUUUUUAAUUUUCUGAUUAGCUGCAAGUUAAUGGAUGAGACCUAGGAAGAAAAUUUGCAUUCUGCCAUUAUUGAAUGCAACACAUUUGCAUGAAGUUGGUUUCUUGUCUCUCAAGCUAUGAAAUACUCUUUUUUUUCUUUUAAUGUUUGUGAGAUGAGAGUAAUGUUACUUAUCUAUAAUUCUGAACUACUUAAAUGAGUUGCUGCUUAUAAUCUGUUUGCAAAUUUUGUGUGUCAAUGUGAUGUG